GAGAAGUUUGUAAUGUGUGUAACACCAAAUGUUUUCGUUUCUUUAAUAAAUACAAAUAAAACAUAGUAUUCAAUCGACCUUUUAAGCGGCUAAAGACGUUUUCGUUUCACUUGCGAGUAUAAAUUUGAAUCGUUGUUGAAAUAAUUCGGUUUUUAUUUUACUUUAUUUUCAUUUAACCAAACUUAAAAUGAUAAGGAAUUGUGGAAAAUAACAAUAAACUGAACGCAAUAAAAUCAAUGGGAAUCGACGUUCCAUACACAAAUCAUUGUUGCGAAAGAGUUUGACACCGUACGUUACAUGCAUAAAUUACAUAAUUGUUUUAAUACAUAAUUGAAGUGAAAAUAUCGAAAUUUUGUGUAAAAAGGGUACUGUAGGUACAUUUACGUGGUUUAAAAAUAUCGCUGGACGAUACAGCGCACCGUCUGCAAAAUUCGAGCUAAUAACUUUCAUUGAUAUUGAUUUUUCACAUCUUUUGAUAAAAUGAAUGAAGAUGAAAAAACAACCCACUUUUACUUCGGCACAGUUGACUACUGUGUCUUUGCGGCUAUGUUGAUCUUGUCAGCGACGUCGGGAACAUAUUUUGGAUACAUAAGAAAACAAAAACCAUCUAGCCAUACCGUACUUUCUCGCAACGAGAACAUCAACAGCAAGAAAAAUAAAAAUGAUUUCGGUUCGUCAUCAAUGAAUGAAUACUUGCUGGGAUCAAGAAAAUUAAAACCAUUUCCCGUGUCAAUGAGCCUAAUUGCCAGUUACAUAUCAGGCGUUACUAUUUUGGGAACACCAGCUGAGAUCUACAACUACGGCUCACAAUAUUGGUUGAUUGUGGUACCUAUAUUCUUAAUGGGCAUUGUCGUAUCCACUGUUUACCUACCAGUAUUUUCUUCACUUAAAGUUAGUUCUUCCUAUGAAUAUUUGGAACUUCGUUUUAGUUCAUCUGUGCGAACAGUUGCAUCUGUAAUGUUCGUCAUAGACGAGAUUUUAUUUUUACCAAUCAUAAUAUACGUUCCAGCUUUGGCAUUUAAUCAAGUGACCGGAGCUAAUUUGUAUCUCAUUGGAGGUAUCGUCUGUAUCGUGUGCAUAUUUUAUACCAUUAUUGGUGGAAUUAAGGCUGUUGUCCAUACUGACGCCUGGCAGGUGAUGGUGAUGUUCCUUUCUGUGGUCGUUGUGACUGCAAUUGGUACUUCAGCUAUUGGUCCGACUGAAAUAUAUAAGAGAGCAAUGGAUGGAGGCCGGUUAAAUUUUUUGAACAUGAGCCCAUCAAUGUACGAACGGCACACAUUCUGGAGCGUUCUUAUCGGUGGAUUUUCCUAUUGGACAUCUUUUAAUUCAGUCAAUCAAACAAUGGUGCAACGUUACAUGUCAUUGCCCAAUUUAAAGAAAGCCAGACAGUCCAUUGCAAUGUUCACCGUUGGUAUAAGUCUCUUCGUUUCAGUGUGUUGCUAUGCUGGUGUUUUGGUAUACGCAGAAUUUUACCAGUGCGAUCCGACUGCAUCUGGAUUAAUAAAGGCUGAUGACCAACUGUUUCCCAUGUAUGUGAUGAAAAUUGUUGGCGAUAUUCGUGGACUGCCGGGUUUAUUUAUAGCUGGUGUGUUUGGUGCAGCAUUAAGUUCUUUGUCUGUUGUGCUGAACUCAACUGCUGCUGUUCUGCUUGAAGAUAUUUGCAAAGGUUGUUUCAAUGGAAAACCAAAUGAUAAAGUGGCUGGAUUCAUAGUGAAAGGAAGUAUUUUGGCAUUGGGUGCGUUAGCCAUGCUAUUUCUGUUCGUGGUCGAGAAACUUGGUGGCAUCCUCGGCGUGGCAACAAGUCUGUCAGCGAUUGCUGCCGGUACAACAUUCGGUAUAUUCACUCUUGGAAUGCUGGUACCAUGGAGCAAUACAUAUGGUGCUUUAUGGGGAGCGGUAGCGGGUGCCAUUAUGUCAGGUUGGAUUUCAUUCGGUUCACAAGCGGUCGUAGCUGCUGGCCAAAUUAUACCGCAAAAACUGAAUUCGUCAGUCGAAGCAUGUGAGGCAAUCAACGCAACCAUAUCAAACUUGAUGCCACAUGAUGAAUCGGAUGUCUUCCCGCUGUAUCGUCUGUCAUUCCACUGGAUAAAUCCGGCCGGUGUACUUAGUGUUUUGAUUGUAGGAACAAUCGUUUCCUUUCUAACCGGACCUAGGGAUUUGAAGACGAUUGAUCCGGAGUUGAUAUCUCCAGUCAUUCAUAGGUUACUCCCAACGGAAUGUUUCAAUAACUUCGGAGACAGAAGUAAUCGCCAAAAAGACACAGGCUUAGUGUACUUACGUGCCGAACAAUCGGAUUCGGUAAAUGUGUCUACAGUUGUACCUGUACCCAAUCAAGUUGAAAGUUGAUAAGUGUCGUUGAUGUCCCGAUUAAAUGUUUCCUGUACUUAUCGCCCGGAACUCAUGGUGAUUAUGUGAGAAAACAGUUCCAUUUCCUUCGGUAGUGUAUAUUUGAGCAUUGGUGUGUGAUGUGGGAAAAUAAUGUUAAAAUGUUAAAUUUAGAACGGUACCGUAACACUUGCUGUGAUAUUCGUUACUUUUUUGAUUGUAAUCAACUUCAGAAAUCUUUUCUUUUUGGAAAUUGUUGAAACUUUUGUAUAAUAAAUCUAUUUUUGAAAGUUUUUAAA